GCAUUUAGCUCGAAAAUGGCUGCAUCUGAAUUAGACAAGAACGGAAUAUUAUCAAAUAAUACGAAAAAGUCGAUAUCUUCUCACGAUAACACAACCGUCGUAUCUAUGAACUUAAGUGGAAGAUUUGCAAACACGGAGAAGAAAAAGUAUGGUCAACUAUUAAUUGAGCAUGUUAUCCAUCAAAAGAAAGUCUCAAUUCUCUUUGGUCACCGAGCAUCAUUUAAACCUAGACCACCAUCUUCAUAUACCGUGGUUGGAACGAAUAAAUCUUUCUUAAUAUUCAACAAAGAACGCUUUAGAAUGAUGACGGAUGACAAGCAUUAUCGGAAGGUUUUAUUCGAUUUUCAAAAAAUGGGAAGAUUUCCUUAUCAUUAUCUGCCAGAAAAUAAUUUUGUACUAGCUAAAUUGAAGGAUAGAUCUGUUCCAGAUAGAAAAUUAUUAGUUAUGUCCUGGUUGACGGACGAUUGUUUAUGCAAAACUCGAGCAGUGUCUGUAUUCAAAUUGCUUACGGCUUUUGCGUUGAAUGUGUCAUCUGUUGAGGAGAUGCCAGUAGUCAUAGGAGGAACUUUUCAAUUAAAUAUAUUUGAAGCCAUAGAUCUUUUACCGAAUGGAGUAUCUUGUCACGGUUACGACCCCUUAACGUCUAGACGUAUGGUUCGUUCCUCAGAUUACUUUCUUACAACUGCUGAUGUUCAUAUGCCGGAUGUGGAACCACUUUUAUUUUCCAAGGUUGAUCUCCGUCGGCAGAGAGGAGAGGCAAACAUAAAUGCUGAAGAUGCAUUCUAUUGCGAUCCCGUUAUAGGGGAUGUUACAUUUGAUACGCCUUCAAAAAUUCGAGCAAAAACUAUAGAAGACUUUGAUAGACAAACAGAGAGUAGAAACAAUAAUUAUUCGAUUGAGAGAGAGGAGGAAGAAGAGGAGGAAGAGGAGGCGACUAAUGGUGCAAACGGAGACGAAAUUUUAGACGAAUUGGAUUAUCGCGAGAGGAGAAUAAGCGUUCAUACUUUGGAAGAGCAGAUAGUUCAGCAGCCAGGUAUGUACGAGAACGUCUGCUCGGUCAGCUGACUAGACCGGGAAUUCGAGCGGUAUCGUCCGUUCGACGAAGAUAUUACCUAUUAUUGACAUUGUUUUCCUCUUAUAUUUCAUCUAGAUGUCAUGGAUAAAUAGAUAUACAGAGAGAGAGAGUUAAGAGACAGAGUGAAGAAUAGCUUUAAAAAACAUGCUAUUAAAUAAUAGGAAAAUAUUACUUUAAAUGCUUUUUAUCCAUGAUUUUUCUAAUUUUAUGAUUAUAAACAAAAAGUUAACUUUGACGAAAAAGAGACAUAAUUAUGAUAUCUAUUUAUCUAUGCUUGGUAGCUAUAGAUUAAAUACUUAACAUAUAUACGAUAUAUAUAGUAUAUACAUACAUAUACUUUAUAUAGCAGUAUAUACAGUAUAUAUUAUCUUAUAUUAAUUUUAAAAGAUAAUAUCAAUAGAUUUUAAUUAUAUUUGAUUGCUAUUGCCAUAAAAAUUGACAAAAAUUUUACCUGCUUGUUAGCUGGAUAUAAUACACUUCCUGGAUUGACGAAAAGCAAAAAUAAAAUGAAAGGAAUGAUUUAAGAACUAUUUGACGUAUUUUUAGUAUAACAUCUUUUUUUUUCUAAUUGUUUCAAUAGUAUAAUUUAUUUUUGUUCUUAAUAAUUACAUUCUAAACCUUUUUAUUAUUAAUAUUAGAAUUAUUACACCAUUAGUUUUUAAUUCUUUAGCAUUUUUAAAGGUAUCUUUUUUUUUUAAUUACUAUUCAAUAUCUAUUCGCAUAUACUCUUAUCCUAAUCUGUUACAUUUUUAUUAUUUAUUGCACAUUUCGCAAUUUCUCAAUUAUUUCAUUUCUAUACAGUUUCUUAUCUGUAUUUCUUACACUUUUUUUUAAUAAUCAAUUUCUAUUUUA